AGUGAUACCUUCAUAGAAUUCAGUGUCAUGUGAUGCAGCCAUAUUGAAUAGAUAUUUGUCAAUCAUAUGAUAUUCUUUUAAAAUAAAGAUUCAUAAGGCUGCAAAAUGGGAUCCUUAUACAGAAGUGAGGAAAUGACUCUGUGUCAGCUCUUCCUACAGUCUGAAGCAGCUUAUGCUUGUGUUUCGGAACUAGGAGAGUUGGGCUUGGUGCAAUUUAGAGAUUUAAAUCCGGACGUUAGUGCAUUUCAACGAAAAUUCGUUAAUGAGGUUAGAAGAUGUGAUGAAAUGGAGAGAAAGCUUCGAUUUUUGGAAAAAGAGCUAGAGAAAGACAACAUUCCUCAACUUGAUACAGGAGAUUUACCGGAAGCUCCAGCUCCAAGAGAAAUGAUCGAUUUGGAAGCUACUUUUGAAAAAUUAGAAAAUGAAAUGAAAGAAGUGAAUUCAAAUGCUGAAGCUCUAAAGAGAAAUUACUUAGAAUUAACUGAAUUAAAGCAUAUUCUUAGGAAAACUCAAGGUUUCUUCGAAGAGGCUCAUGCGACUAUUGACCCAUACCAGGCGAUGACUGAUCCUAACAUGGCAGAAGAAACAGUUGGACUCCUAGGCGAAGAAGUUAGAGCUCCAACUACUGGUCAACAGCCAUUACGAUUAGGUUUUGUGGCUGGAGUAAUUGUCAGAGAAAGAAUGCCAGCAUUUGAGAGAAUGCUUUGGAGAGCUUGCCGUGGAAAUGUCUUCUUGAAACAAGCUAAUAUGGAUGUUCCAUUGGAGGAUCCAGUAACUGGAGACCAAGUACAUAAAUCUGUUUUUAUCAUCUUCUUUCAAGGGGAUCAAUUGAAGACAAGAGUAAAGAAAAUAUGCGAGGGAUUUCGGGCAACUUUGUAUCCUUGUCCCGAAACACCUGCUGAAAGAAGAGAGAUGGCAAUCGGAGUAAUGACAAGAAUUGAAGAUUUGAACACAGUCCUUCAGCAAACCAGGGAUCAUAGACAUAGAGUUCUUGUUGCUGCUGCCAAGAAUAUGAGAUCGUGGCUGAUAAAAGUUCGAAAAAUCAAAGCUAUUUAUAUGACUUUAAAUCUAUUUAAUUUGGACGUAACUCAGAAAUGCUUAAUUGCUGAGUGUUGGUGUCCUGUAGCAGAUUUGGAUCGAAUUCAGUUAGGUUUACGACGAGGAACAGAAGCAUCUGGUUCUUCAGUUCCAAGUAUUUUGAACAGGAUGGCAACUAGAGAGAGUCCUCCAACUUACAACAGAACAAAUAAAUUUACAAGCGGCUUUCAGUCAAUUGUCGAUGCAUACGGAGUGGCUGUCUAUCGAGAAGUUAAUCCAGCUCCGUUUACAAUAAUUACUUUUCCAUUCUUAUUUGCUGUCAUGUUUGGAGACUUUGGCCAUGGACUUAUAAUGCUAUGUUUUGCCAUCUGGAUGAUUCUGCGCGAAAGACAGCUUAUUGCCAAAAAAGCACACGAAGAUGAAAUGUUUGGAAUGUUUUUUAGCGGAAGAUAUAUGAUUAUGCUUAUGGGUAUCUUCUCUAUGUACACUGGAUUUGUCUAUAACGACUUCUUUUCAAAAUCUGUCAACGUAUUUGGGUCAGGGUGGACAGUUAAUGAUUUUACAAAUAGUACAGGCACUAGAGCUUUAGAUCCAAAUACUACUGAAUGGUCUGGAUCACCAUAUUGGUAUGGAAUGGAUCCUGUUUGGCAAAUGUCGCUAAAUAAAAUAUCAUUUUUGAACACUUUCAAAAUGAAGACAUCAGUUAUUUUGGGAAUUAUUCAUAUGUUUUCUGGUGUAAUAUUAUCACUUUCAAAUCAUAGAUAUUUUGGAAACACUUUGAAUAUUUUCUGUGAAUUUAUUCCCCAAGUUUUAUUCUUAAGUGCAAUCUUUCUUUAUUUGGUGUGUAUUAUUAUGGCCAAAUGGAUUUACAUUACACCAGCGGACUCUGCAUGUGCUCCAUCAUUGUUGAUUGGCUUAAUUAAUAUGGUAAUGUUUAAAUAUCAGAAGUUGGAUAAAAACAAGACUCUUUGCGCUGUCGUACCUUGGUAUCCUGGACAGCAAGGCUUAGAGUCGUUCUUAGUUAUUUUAGCUGGAUUAUGCAUUCCAUGGCAUUUGUGUUUGAAACCAAUUUUACUCUACAUGAAACACAAAGGAAAAUUUGAUGUGAGUAAAUUUCUAGUUUUAAUUUCUUAUUUUCCAACAUUUCAAAUAAGAAUAUAUCCACUAAGUAGUCAGAUAAAAGGUCAUUAAUAGCACACAAGCCUUGUAUUGAUGAUCAGUUUAGAAUUUCUCAUCGAAGUUUAUAAUAAAUUAAAUUAUAUAAAAGCAGAAGCGUAGGGCUCCAGUUACCCAUGUAGCAAGAACAGUAGCCAACGAUACAGACGAUGACGAAGCUGCUCUAAUUCAUCACGACGAAUCUGACGCUCCAUUACUUGAAAAUCAUACGACAGAAGAAGAAAAGGUGACCUGACACUCUGAACCUGCAAGAUUAAAUUUUUUUUAGAAAAAAAAAAAGAAUUCUGUGUGUGCAUCUCUUUUUUUAUAGUUCGGAAAAAAUUUAUAUGUAGAAUCAGAGUGACAGUUUAAAAUUUUUAAUGCUUUUGCUUUUUCCUGUUCUGCUUAUUUAAAUUGGCUGAAAAAGUUUGAAGAAGCAAUCUCACAAUGGACCGGCGGAAGAAUAGGAAAGAGAGAUCAAGCUCACUUAAGCGUCAAUUCUGGCGAUUUAGUUACAGGCGAUAACGUUGAAAUGAGUGGCGAACAUGACGAGCAGAUGAACAACGAAGAAACGGUUGAAAAAGAGGUGAUAGAUGCCUCCGAUUGGUUUCAAUCUGUCAUACUCUCCUAACUUUUGUUGUUUUUCUUUUCUGCUUCCUUAAUAGAGAAUAGGAAAAUUUACUUUUUUUAAGCUUGCAUCUAUACUAGUCGCUUUUGAGAAAGCUAAUUGGCUUUAAGAAUAAAAGUUCAUCUUUGUUUCUUAAAGUGAGCAAAAAGUUUUUAUAAAAAAGAUAUAGUAAAACUUUCGGGAAGCAGGAAAUAUAUUUUGUUAUUUGCACUGAAUAGUUUGCAUGUAUCAACUAGUAUAUUGUAAUAGAACCAAGAUUGUCUAGCUAUUUAUAAACGCUCUUUCAACAUCUUUUUCAAGUAAUAGUUUUAUUUUGCCUAUGUAAUAUGACUUCUAAUAGUAUUUGGAGAGUCGAAAGAGAAUUUAUGACAAAUUUUUUUGCUUUUCCUUGGUUUUUAUCCUGAUAGAUAUGCACAGUUGUUCUCAUCUUGUUUGUUAAUCUAUGAUAAAAUUGUGUUUGUUGAAUCUCUGAUUUGUUGUUUUUUUUUCAAGCUUUUGCCUUCAAUUUCAAUUCAAUUACUGUAACAAUUCUAAUUACCUUUUUUUAUUUCUUCAGUUCGAACUUGGGGAUAUUCUUGUUCAUCAAGCAAUCCACAGUAUAGAAUAUUUCCUUAAUUGCGUAAGCCACACCGCUUCCUAUCUACGAUUGUGGGCUUUAUCCUUGGCCCAUGCUCAACUAUCAGAAGUUCUAUGGUCUAUGGUUUUGAGAAUGGGAUUCUCAAUGAUACCAGGAUAUGCUGGAGCAAUAAUGCUCUCUGCAAUAUUUCCAACCUUUGCACUGCUUACCGUGGGAGUUUUAUUAAUUAUGGAGGGACUCUCGGCUUUCCUUCACGCUUUGCGUCUGCAUUGGAUCGAAUUUCAGUCAAAAUUUUAUCAAGGGGCUGGUCAUUUAUUUGUUCCCUUUUCAUUUGAAGCCAUAUUAGAGAUUACCUCAACUAAUCUUGAAGGCUAAAAAAUGAAUAUAUUUAGUAAAUUUCUGUCCUAUCUAGAAAAUUACUGUUUCCAUAAGGUAGUCAUUCCUCUUGGAUUCAAUUAAAUGUAUUCGUGUUAUAUUUAUAGAUGUUGUGAACAAAACAGAAAUUAAUACAGCAGACAUAUAAUAAAAUAGUAAUAUUUGAGAAAGAUGUAUCAAAAGCUGUUAUUUAUAUCAAUUUAAACGAAGACUUUUGGCAUUUAAGCUUUUUAUUAUUAAUAAAGUAAACCUUAAAUGUUUAAAAAAAAGAAACCACUGUUUUCGUAUAGUUCAAAUAUUGGAAAGAGAUUAAUCAGCAAAAUUAUCUUCUUCCUCAUUCAAGUUUAUCUUAAUUUCAUUAUCCGUAUUUUCAUUAUCCGACUGAGAAUCAUGUAAGGUUUUCUCACUUGUUAAAUAAGGUCCAGACUUGAAGAUAACCGACAGUCUUUCUCUACGAGGAUCAGUACUCUGAGCUUGUCUUUCAAAUGUCUUUUCUUCGGCUUUUAAAGAAAUUUCGUCAAAAUCAACUGGUUGACGUAAGUUAAUUGCAGAAAAUCCUUUUCUACCACUUUGUAAGUUUUCCUUAAGAACUGUCGACCUCCUACGUAGAAUCCGGCGUAUUUCUUUAAACAUUAACUCCUCUACAUCCUGUCUCGUUUGUGCU